AAAGCUGCCCAUCUGCAGAAGUUGUUGCUGCUGUUGAUGUGAACACUCUUGCCAACGAAGUUUAUAGGUACAACUUUCCCAGCACGCCAUUAUGGGCAAAGACAAUUGAGGGCAUAACACUGAAAGAAUUUGACAGUUUAUCUUUUGAUAUGAUUUUGAUGAGUCCUCCCUGUCAGCCAUUUACAAGAACUGGCCUGCAAGGUGAUGUAUCCGAUCCACGGGCAAAGAGCUUUCUCUAUAUCCUUGAUGUUCUCCCAAGGCUCCAGAAGCUUCCAAAAUACCUACUUUUAGAAAACGUCAAAGGAUUUGAAUCCUCUUCGGCAAGAAAUGAACUUCUGCGAACACUAGAAACAUGUGGAUUUAAAUAUCAAGAAUUUCUCUUGUCUCCUACCUGUCUUGGCAUUCCCAAUUCUAGACUGCGAUAUUUUCUCAUUGCAAAGCUACACAAAGAACCAUUUUCCUUUCAAUCUACUGAUCAGAUUUUGACAGGAUUCCCUGAUCAGGAUCUAGAAGACUUAUCCAAGGACAAAGUUGCUGACAAAAUGGGCGAAGCAAGUUCUUCCUUGUGUUCUGAAGAAAAGAAUCUGCAUCCAAACAUUGCUCCUGACUGCAGCAGCAAAAAGAGUUUACCAGAAGGGGCUUUUCUUUUUAAGCUUGAAACAGUAGAAGAAAUGGAAAGGAAACAUGGUCAGAACAAUGAUACCUCUAUUCGAAUGCUAAAAGAUUUCUUGGAAGAGGAAAAUGAAGAAAUGAGUCAGUAUUUCUUACCACCAAAGUCCUUACUGCGCUACGCGUUCUUGUUAGACAUUGUUAAACCCACCUGCCGGAGAUCCACGUGCUUUACAAAAGGGUAUGGCCACUAUGUAGAAGGGACAGGCUCAGUUCUGCAGACAGCAGAAGAUGUACAGCUUGAAUCAGUGUUUAAACACAUCGAGGAGCUGGCAGAAGAAGAGAAGCUUAUGAAACUGUCAACACUAAAACUGAGGUACUUUACCCCAAGGGAAAUAGCAAAUCUGCAUGGAUUCCCUCUGGAAUUCGGCUUUCCUGACAAAGUAACAACAAAGCAAUGCUACCGUCUUCUGGGAAACAGCCUCAAUGUACCUGUGGUGGCAAAACUGAUCUCCAUUCUCCUUGGAUAAUUUAGAAUCUGAAUCAGAGGAGUACAGACUGGUGACAGAAAAUACUUCCAUCUUUCAAGAGAAAGCUGAUGCCAGCUGAACAAAAAUUAAACCUUACCAAAAUACUGCCCAGACGUUUUGCUGAACAGUUCUGAUAUAUUUUAAAUACCUUGCUUUUAUGGUGUGUUUGCACU